AUGUUUGAUAGACUAACUUCAUCCCCCACAUAUCAGAAUAUAAUACAAUCUAAAGGAUACAUAUGGUUCAAAAAAAUACUAGAUUUUUUAAUAGCACAAUGGUUUUUCAUAUUUUUAGCAGCAUUUAUUGCAUUAGCUCAUUCUUAUCCUGAAUUUGCAAAACAAGGUGGGACAGUAAAAGCAGAAUAUUCUAUUGGAUAUGGAGCUGUUGCAGUAAUUUUUUUAAUUAGUGGAUUAUCAAUGUCUUCAAAACAAUUACUAGUUAAUUCAUUAAAUUGGAGAGCUCAUUUUACUGUUUUAUCAUUAAGUUUUUUAAUUACUAGUUCAAUUAUAUAUGGAAUUGCAACUGGUAUAAAAAAAGCAAAUAAUAAAGAAAUAGAUAAUUGGUUAUUAGUUGGAUUGAUUGUUACUCAUGCUUGUCCAACUACAGUUAGUUCAAAUGUUGUUAUGACUAAGCAGGCAGAUGGUAAUGAUAUUUUAACAUUAUGUGAAGUUUUUAUUGGAAAUGUUUUAGGAGCAUUCAUUACACCUGCUCUUUUGCAAAUGUAUAUGACAGGAGUUUGGGAUUUUGGUAACCCUAGUUAUCAACCAACUGGAGAUAGUUCAAUUGGAGAUUUAUAUAGAGAAACAAUGAAACAAUUGGGAUUAUCUGUAUUUAUACCAUUAUUUGUUGGACAAGUUUUACAAAAUAUUUUCCCAAAACAAGUUAAAUGGACACUUACCACUUUUAAAUUAAAUAAAGUUGGAUCUUUUAUGCUUUUAUUAAUUAUGUUUCAAUCUUUUUCUACUGCUUUUGCUCAACAUGCAUUCACUUCAGUUAGUCAUAAAUCAAUUAUAUUCAUUUGUUUUUUCAAUUUUGGUAUAUAUUUAUUUUUCACAGUUAUAACUUAUAUUUAUGCAAGACCUUAUUUUGUACGACGUUGGCUUUGGGAAUUCCCCAAUGAAAAUUCAAGUUGGUUAUAUAAAUGGUCUUACUGGUUUUUUAAUCCUUUUUAUUAUAAUAAAAGAGAUGCUGUUGCUAUCAUGUUAUGUGGACCUGCUAAAACUGCUGCAUUGGGUGUAUCUUUGGUGAGUUCACAAUAUGGUUCACAUAAUCCAAAAUUAGGGAUUUUAUUAGUUCCUUUGGUAUUAUAUCAAGCAGAACAAGUUAUGACAGCACAAGUAUUGACUAAAUUUAUGAAGAAAUGGGUACAUUAUGAUGAUAAAAAGGAAGAAGUAGAAGAGAAAAAUGGAACAUUAAAUACAAGUGAUGAAGAAAAUCAAUUAAGUCAUAGAAAUACUCGUGAAGAAGAUAAAGAAGAAAUUAGAGAAGAAAAUGAAUUACAUAGAGAAGAAGCUGAAGAAUUAGGGGAAACUACUAGUGUAAGUGACGAACAUGAUAUUAAUAGAGAUGUAGAUUCUGUAUCUACUGAUUUAAAUAGAAAAACAUAA